UUUGUCCCUUCUCUCAUUGACUUCUCAAACCCAGGCCUGGUCUCCUUCGCAAGCUUUCCCGAAAGUGUCGCGAUGUCGCGUCUCUGGGUUUAGAAACUUUGUGAUGAAGCCUUGCGCUCCUUAUAUAAUUGUAUUUAUUUCGUACUGUUUGCGGUAGGUGCACUUUAUUCAGCAGUCCAAGCAAAAGGAAGGCAAAGUGUUCCCAUUUUGAACCAUUUCAUGUGUCUGCAUAUAGAACUCCGCCUGCAGGCCCAGAGAGCAAAUCAAGUGCACCUAUGGGACUACAACACUUUAGCUCAGAUCACCUAUCUGCACAGUUUCCUCGAGCCAGAGACUAAAAAUAAGCCUGGAAUGCACAGCAAAAGAUGUACUGUGAGAUUUUAAAACCCUGACUACAGAGAGACUCAACGAAUACAGCAAAGAGCUGAUGUUUUUAUGAGUAAGUUCAUGUUUAAGUGUAUUCAGCACUGUCAACAUGUUAAGCCAUAAAAUGCAUGUUCUCCCUACUUCCACUCACGCUACAACCAUCACUGCAGCUGCAACGAAGGAGUAUAGAUGGCAAAGUGUUCCCGAUAAGCUUGCGUUUGUUAUUAUUAGCGGCUUGUCUUUUCUAAUACGAAGGACUGUUUCACUUUCUCUGGUCAUAGGGGUAACAACAUGAAUUAGUGCAUGAGGCAGAAGUACGUUUUGACAUCAGCUGGAAAACUGUCCCCUAUCCUCAGUGGAUGGGAAGGUGGAGCGGCGGGACGGUGAGUGGUGAGAGGCAGCCUCGACGCUGCUCCCUCUCUCCCCUCAGACUGACCGUCAGAUGCAGGCCAUCAGUCCAGUAAAAAAAUAAAGCAUGUAAUUAUUAUGCUCACGCAGCUGUGCUUCACAAGUAAUACAACAAAUGACCUAUUGCCAGUGUGAUCAGACACCUAACAUGUUUAAGUAUCAUUUCAAAAUGGUCUGAGGAGAACAACAUUAGCAGGGCAAUGCAAGCAUUGUCAAUAUGCAGUGAUAAUGUAUUGGGCCUGUAGCCUACUGCACAAACCUCAUUGCUACACAACUGUUUAAUUGGGUAAUGUUGCAUAGGCUUAUGUUUUAAGUCAUGUUGUAUUUUGAUUCAGAAAGGGAUCUUGACUCAGAGAGCAUUGUUUAUUGUUAGUACAUUGUUUAUUGUUCAUUUUAAGAGUAAAUCUUAACAUGACAGAAAUAUCCACAUAAUAUAGUAUAUUAUACAAAAUACAGUACAUAAAUAAACUCUACUGUUUGAUAUAAUGUCAUACUGUUAAGAAAAUGGCAAUGUAUUCCUCAGACCUGUUUGUAAAUUAACCAUUUCAAAAUAUCUGGACAGAAACAUCAGCAUUUACAUUCAAUCAACUGAAUAUUUAAAUGCUUUAUUGUACAAUGAUGAGGUUAAUGAAACGUGAUUAAGGGACAUGAAAAGAUGAAGUUCAAUGGGACAACAUUGUGAUAGGUGAGUAACUUAACCAGCAGGGGGAGACAAAGUCCUGCCUUGCAUGUUAACCGAAAUCUAGCCAGUGUAAGACACAAUAUUUGUAUUUUGUUUCACCUUUAUUUAACUAGGCAAGUCAGUUAAGAACACAUUCAUUUUUUACAAUGAUUGCCUACCACAAGGCAAAAAGUCUCCUGCGGGGACGGGGGCUGGGAUUCAAAAUUAAAUAAAAAUAUUAGUACAGAACACACAUCAUGACAAGAGAGACCUAAGACAACAACAUAGCAUGGCAGCACAAUAGCCGGGAUCCAAACUGAAUUCAAUACAUUUAAGAUAUUGCCUAGACAAGCUCACAGAAACCCUCUAUAUACGGCAUACCGAUAACCCUCUCACACUUGCACAUGGGACCCUGGUGAGACUCACUCAUUAGAUUUCGGUGGUGGUAAGACUGCUGGUGAAACUGAUAGACCUCUCCACUUGGGCAUCCCCCCUGCUGCGCUCCAUAGGGUCUGGCAAUGGCUGGGUCACCUCCUGAGAACAUGUUACUCUGGUGAAUGGUGCUUGUUUUAAUAAAGUUAGGUCAAAGCCGAAUCAAUGGCUGCAAGAUCACAUAAUGAUAGUAUUCUACAUAACAUACCCAAAUAUAGUAAUAGCAUAGUAUAACAUUACUGGAAGACAAAAAACACCACAUUUCUUAGGAGGUUUUAGGAUGAUUGUGCACAUGGUCACAUGCUUCUCUCAUGUGGCAGAAACUCAACAGCGCCUCAAGAUGAGCUAAAUCAGGGAUGCCAACUUGGAUAGGGGUGGGGGCCACAAAAAAUCUGUAGUCUUCAUGAGGGCCCUCAGUGGCUUGUAGGUCUGAGUACCCACAUCCAUAACCAGCACAUGCAGUCAAAGCCGGCCCUAGCCUUUUGAGGGCCCUAAGUGAAAACUUGAAGAAUUAUCAUUCACGAUGGACAGUGGGAAAUGUGAAGGGACUCGAGGUUGGGUGACCACCAAAAUGUGCGUAAAGUAGUGAUAAAGAACGUGAUUCGAAUCUUCAGCUCCAAUGUAUCAUUAACAAAGCAAAAGUCAUAGGCCGUGUUCGAGAGGCUCAAACCCGCAGUGCAUCAUGGGUAAAUUGUGACUGACUGAUCUACAAAUAAUAAUGAGUCGUUUUGAUGAAAGGUGCUUUGUAGAUCAGUCAGCAGUCGCCUGCAGUCGUUUUGAUCCUCUUAAAUACGGCCAAUAUUAUGUCUAAACCCCGCCCAUUUCUAUCAUUUAUCUUCUUAAAAUUGUAUUUUUAACCUAAUCCUAACCCCACUGCUAACCUUAUGUAUAACACACAUUUUUUUUCUAACUUUUUGUAGCAAAUUUUGACUUUGUGGCUGUGGAAUUGGUCAGUGCCAUCCUGAAUCCUUGAGACGUACCUACACCAUUGAAGUUGACAUUUUAAAUGGUUAAAGUAAGAGUUAGGUAAGGGUUAUUGUUUAAGUUGUUUGUGCUCUGUAAGUCUGUACUUUACUAUUUAUAUUUUUGACAACUUUUACUUUUAUUCCACAACAUUCCUAAAGAAAAUAAUGUACUUUUUACUCCAUAAAUGUUCACUGACACCCAAAAGUACUCGUUGCAUUUCAUAUGCUUAGCAGGACAGGAAAAUGCUCCAAUUCAAGCACUUGUCAAGAGAACAUCCCUGGUCAUCCGUACUGCCUGCGAUCUGGCGGACUCACUAAACACAAGUGCUUCGUUUGUAAAUUAUGUCUGGGUGUUGGAGUGUGCCCCUGCCUAGCCAUAAAUUAAAAUAACAAGGAAAUUGUGCCGUCUGUUUAGCCUAAUAUAAGAAAUGUUGGAUGAUUUAUACCUUUACUUUUGAAACGUAAGUAUAUUUUAGCAAUUACAUUUACUUUUGAUACUUAAUUACAUUUAAAACCAAAUACUUUUAAACUUUUACUCAAGUAGUAUUUUACUGUGUGACUCACUUUUACUUGAUUCAUUUUCUAUUAAGGUACAGUAUCUUUACUUUUACUCAUGUAUGAAAAUUGGGUACCUUUUCCACCACUGUAUCUAGUGGAAACCGGGAGAAAGGGAUCCAGGGUAUAAAUUAAUGGAACUUAUGUACAACACAGCCAACAGGGGGAGACAAAGUGCGAGUUUACAUGUUAACCUGAAUCCAUCCAUCCUGUAAUGAAAAAUAAUCAUCGGUGGCAUGUAGCUAGGAUUGACGCUUAAAGUUAGCUAGCUACGUGGUCAUGGAUACGGUGACCAUGGUAUGAGAAACAACACUGGAGCACAGCAAACAGCCAUACUGUGAGUUCGAUUAAUGGUAUCUAAUGCAUAAGAGUGCUGUGAUGACCAGAACAAAGAGGACAGCAGAGCUGGACAAGCUCACAGAGAAGAGUGAGUUAGCUCCAGCCCUAACAUCAGCUACCCCUAUACCACAACCACGGUACCCAGCCUCCAUCCCCGACCCCACUCCCUUCCCUCCUGUAGGCCCUGCUGACAGCAGCAAGGGGGGCACAGGGAUAAUGUCCCCCAAAAGUCAGGGGAGGGUAGGCACAGCGUCCCCCUACAAUCUGGCUCCGUCUCCCUUCGGCCUCAACCAGAACCACGUGGUGUGUCUGCCUCUGGUCUCCGAGCACCUGAAGCUCCUGUGGGCGUGCUCAGACCAGACUCAGGAACUGGACGGCGUGGCUUAUCUCAUAGAGGCCUUCAACGUGUUCCCGUACCCGACCCUGGGGGAGACGGCGUCGCUCGCCCAGAGCUGCUCUCUGCAUCUGGACCAGGUCAGAGUGUGGUUCAUGGUCCAGCGGCUCCGCUAUGGGAUCAGCUGGGAUGCAGAAGAGAUCUGUAUGGCACGGUGCAAGAUUUGCGGACCAAACCAGGCGAAGGACAAAAAAGAGAAAGAGGAGAAAUCAUUGCCUCCCCUCAGUAAGGAGGAUGAUGGGAGAAACAGGAGCGAACAUUCACCUGUCUCCACCUCCAAUCAGCUCAGCAGCCUGUCCUUCGAGUCCUCCUCACCCGUUCCUCGAAAACGCCCUAAACGCCACCCUGUUGUCGCACCCGAUAACUCCAAUCUGCAACACCCUUCUCCUCCACUCCCUCUGUGCUUAGCGGCGCCCCCCACAACCACAGGGCAAACCCUAGAAGCCCCCGACAAAGCCCACGAAAACGUCAAACCCCAGAGGCACUGUCAGGAUUUUCACUCAGAGCUGUGGCGGAGCUUCGGCUGUAACACCAAUCCUCCGAAGGAGGAGCUCCAGCGUCUGCAGGCCCUCACCAGGCUCCACAUGAAGUACAUCCGCAAGUGGUUCUGCAACCGGCGUUUCUUGCUUCACCACCGCGUCAAGGCCGACCCAGAGUCUGAAGAGAACGGCCAGGCACAGACCAACGACCUCCUGUCGUCACAGACACAGCUUAUUCAGCGUCUGACACAACCGCCAACUGACAGCAGGGUCAGACCAUCACCGACGAAGAAAAGGGGCUGUCAAGUAGAUAAUGUCGACUUUCUAAGCAGGAGCCGCAAUGGUAACCAUGUCCGUGGCAACCCCGCUAACACCACCCACCAGAUUAGGUCAAACUUGGAGGUGAAGGAAAAAGGGAAAGAACCAGCGGAAGUACAGAAGAAGAAGACGGGAGCAGCAGACAAAGAGAAAACGGCCAGAGCUGGAGUUAAGAGAUGGAAAAAGAACGUCAAGGAGGAACAGAAAGCGGUGGGGAUCACCAAAUUCAUCGAUAACGACGGGGAAGAACAAGUCAUCAAAAUGGGCCCGUGGCCGAAGAACAAGACCAUAGCCCAGCUGGAGCUCCUGAGACACUUCUUCCUCACCUGCCAGUGGCCCACCAAAGAGGACUACACGCAACUGCAGCAGCAGACAGGCCUCUCGCGGAAGGCUCUUACCCAGUGGUUCGGAGACACCCGCUACUACGUCAAGAAGGGCAUGGAACGCUGGAUGAGUGGGGAGGAGCACCGGAAGGUCCUGGCGCAGAUUAGGGAGAAGCAAAGGCAACGGCAGAGGGACUGGUUGAUGGCUGAGGAAACAGGUCCAUCAGGGUCCUCCUCCGUGCCGUCUUUUGCGUACCGUGACUCAUAGUGGUAAUGGGGAGGCUGGUAGGGAGGAGGAUGGAGCUGGAGUGACCGCUGGGACAGACUUGGGGUACUCAAUAGUAUAAAAAGGAUUCUUCUCCUUGUGCUCUCUCCUCGAGGAGCACUGAUCCAGCAUGGCCUAACAGGUGAAAUGUUAUUUGUUGAAACUUGAAAUCUACCUGGAACUUUCACCUGUCUGCCGUGAUGAUGGAAAAGGAAGCUAUGAGUAUUGAGUCACACCCCUGCUGUAAUGCUGGAGAGGCCUGGAGGGUGCUGAAAAGGGACUAUUAGGAAUUGUCACGAGGCAGCAUUCUGUUUGUAUGUUACAAGUUGUUUAUGAUGAAGUUCUAGUCUACUUUAGUUGCAGCACUAUUGAAACUGGCACUUCCUGUUGUUCAGUUAUUCAUUCAAAUGUCAAUUCAUGUUUCAAGCUCCAUCACAGGUUUGUGCUGGGAAGUUUCUAUGACAUUGCAUUGAUGUUCCUUGUUUGAUAUGUUCAGAGUGUAAAGUAUUGGGGAAAUUACCAGACCUGCGACAACCUAUAUCCUUGGGUGCAUUCCAAUAAUCUUUCCUUCCUCCUGAAGUGUGCACUUGCGCGUUUAUUUCUCCCCAUAAAGUUAUCAUUGGAUUGAUGUAGGCAUGGGCUAGGGGGGAGUCCGAAGUCCAUUAAGGGAAGUGAACAAGUGCCCACUUUGGGAGAACAGAGAUUAUUGGGACAUAGCAUAAGGUGUGGCCUUAUCGGUAGUAAGAAAGUAGAUCAUUUAUUUUGAUUUCACUAACUCCGCUAUAGCCUGCAGUAUCAAAAUCUCAGAGCUAGUAUGUUGAGUCAUAGCUGGUUCUUUCUGUGGUGAACAGGUUUCUUCCCUUUUGUGAAUAAAAAUAACUGUUCUUGUUCUGCAA